UGCCUGGGUUAUUUUGUUUCGUAUAAGUUAUAUUUUAAAACAGCCAGUCAUUGUAGCCUACCACUCGUGGAAUAUGGAAUUUCAAAGAGAUGAUGGAGUGAUUUGACUCAGAAGUGACAUCAGGCAUUGGCAGCGCGAGAUGUGCAGAACAAGUUAAACUUCUAGCUCAGUAACAUCAACACCUAAGAAAGAAGGUAAGAAAGAUAGUCGGAAAACUUUGAUUUGCAAGGCAAGCAGGCAAGUGUUGGGCUUGUUACAGUAGCCUAUAUAGCCUUCAAUGCGGUGAAAUUUCGGAAUUAAUAGGCUCGAGUCGUGUUUCCUUAAAAGGCUAUCUUUCAUUUUGCAAAAAAAAAAAAACACAGUAGGCUAUAUUACCAUAUUAAAAUGGUGUACCAAAUUGCGUUUUAUUACAAUGAUAAAAAAGUGUAGGCCUACUAGCCUAUGGUAAGGUCAGGUUUGCCGAUGUGCUUGGCUAUUUUAAAGUUUCUCCCUGUGCAUCGAUCGGAGACAGACGUCACUUCACUGAUAAUAUUCUGGGGAUAGGCUACAACAUAGCCAAUAGGCUUUCAUACUAGGGACUUUAUCCUUUAAAUAUCUUUGCGGCAUUGGAUCAGUCUCCUUUCAAGAACAGGCAAGAACUUUCUAGCCUCGCGUCAGCAGCGCAUAUACCUAAAAACAACAGGCGGAUGGCGGGCGGGUGCGGUUUUGAAAACCGCACAAUUUUUUUGAAAAAAGUCAAAAAAAUUGUUGCGGAUGGAUGGCGGGCGGAUCAAGCGUUUUGUGAUGCGGUUGCGGAUGAAAUAAUAGCCCAUCCGCGCAUCUCUAGAGCUUACCUCUCCCGAAAUAAGUGUUUUUUGUGAAUGACAGGGUCGUUAAGACUGACAAAAAGAUCUCUCACUUACACAGCACUACAAGGCUACUCUCUGCGAUACUUUAACUGGAGCUGGACACUAAAAAAAUGGGCAAAAACGUUUUUAUUCCAAUUCUGAGUCUAAGUCCACAAGGAUAUACUCAAAAAACAGUUACAAUGUUUUUAUUCUGCUUCUGAGCCAAGUCCAAAUGGGCUUAGUAAAAAAAACGGCCAAAAACGUUUUUAUUUCCAUUCUGUGCCUAAAUGUGGAUGGACUUAGUCUCAAAAACGGUGAAAAUGUUUUUAUUCUUCUUCUAGGCCCUUGUUUCCAUCCUCCAGAGUGGGCAGGAUGUCCUCAGAAGGUGUCCGAAAAUAGUGCAUGGUCGUCGGACUGACCGUCGGGGAUCGGGAGGCCGUAAUUCUUCCAGAGAUUCAUCUUCACUCACUGUCUCAUCUUAAGAAAUGGCUGGGGAAAAGAAAUCUGCAGCUGCACAUAGACACUAUCUACUCUGUCCAGUUUGUUUGAGGACCCAAGAGUCUCUAUCCUGUCACCUGCGCAGAGUCUGCAUGAAGGAUAAGACACCACCACAGAUCCUAGAGGUGGUUGAAAAGGCCAAGAAAGAUGUGUGUGACCUCCUGAAGAAUGGACGGGCUUUUAGUUAUGCAGUCCUGAAGCAAAUCGUCUCAUCACCAAAUCCAAUCGAAGGAUUGAUUGAGGAGCUGAAAUACCAUCACUUGUUUGUGACAGGAGUCCCUCCUCCUCUGCCCAUUGGUAAUCCAAGGUUGGUCACCGAAACCCUUUCUGAAUGCCCUGGGGAGGCACCCGGAGAGACAGAGCCAUCUGAUGUGGAAUCUUGCGGCAGCAAUGAGCUUUUUCAAUGUAGACAAGAGAAAACGUAUACCAAAGACAAAAUGGUGAAAGCGAAGGAUUUAGGCAUUUUGAAAAAGCAUUCAGCAGAUCAUCCAUUGCUCAAGCGCUUUGCCGACUACCUAAAGAAUGAUUACGAAAAUGCAAAGUACCAACAGGAGGUUGACACUGUUUCCCGGUACCUGUAUUUUGCUGAUCCUACGGAACCAUCUUUGAAGUUUGUCAAUGACAGAGAGAAGCUCAGAGACUUCCUGGGUCAACAGGCUAAGGCAGGGUAUAAGGCACAAACAUCAGGAAAUUACAUCAAGUGCUUGAAAAGGUUCUUGGAGUUCCACUUGACAAGGACCGGCUUGAGACAGGAUGACAGGGAGCUCUACAAGCAGUGCACGUUAUAUUUGAGUUUUUUAACUUCUUCACAGAGUGUCCUCUCUAAGCAAGCGAGCAAAGAAAUUGUGCAAAAGAGGCAUGCCUUGUUGUUUGACAAAAGUCAACCCACACCUCGUGAAUGCUUGGCUGUUCUUGAUAAAGGUGAAGGUGACUUAGUGAAAAUCAUGAAUCAACUUGAUGACAGUUCUUCCUCCCUGAGUAUGACUGAGUGCAUAUUUGUGCUAUACUAUCUUGAGGCAAUUGUCAUACUAAGACACUGCCAACGGCCAUGUGUGGUGCAGAGCAUGAAGGUCAAGGAAUGGCUUGAACGGAAACACGCAGAUGAUGAUUCAAUCGUUUUUGUAAAGGACCACAAGACGGCUGCACAUUUUGUGGUCUCAAUUGUCCUGUCCAAGAAGGAGGAGGCGUGGUUUGAGAAAUAUUACAACAAAGUGCGGCCACAGCUCCUUGCUGGCGAAAGGAAACCUCCAGCAAAAGUGCAACGUCCCCCAGGUGAGCAGCCAGGUUGUACGGAGGGUAUUUGAGACAGCAGCUAACCGCCUGGAUGACCCUCAGAAGAAAGCAGUUUCUGACUACCUGGGAUGAGGACUCCAAAAUCGUACCAUGACCCGUUUGGUGAGAUGUUUCAUAUGUUUUUUAGUGGAUCAAUUCUUGGCAUGUAUGGAUAAACUUUCUGAAUAUGAUGCGUGGCCUUUGACCUUUGGGGGGUGGUGGGGCGGCGGGUGACUCCUAAAGCUUACAGGGCAUCUGCCUUCAGAGACACAUAUGACAUGUCCCUGUUUGGUGAAAUGUUUCAUCUGUGUGUUUGUUUGUGCUGAUGGCUCUUUAAAGGAUGGGGAU